UCACAUGCGACUCCAUUGGGCACCGUCCCGUCCCCGCCGGCAUCUCCUCGACCCUACUGUGCGACCCAGCUCCCCCUCAUAAAGUCGUCAAGCUCGUCGCCUCCAAAAAGUUUUUACCUUUCGUCCCCGCCCGUGCCCUCCUCGCUAUGCUGGCCGCCCCCACCUCCCCCCUCCUCCCGCGUCGCUAUGAGCCUGUAGCGUAGCAGCAGCCGUAAAACCAUGGGCAGGUCAAGAGGCAGCACGGACGCGAGUGCCGGCGACGUGAGGUCGUUCCCGUCGCCGGCUUCGUCCUCGGCGUCCUCGUCGGAGUUCGAAUUCACGGUCACACUGUCGCCGGCGUCCAAGCAGCGGUCGGCGGCGCAGCUGUGCCCCGCAGACGAACUCUUCUACAAGGGCCAGCUCCUGCCGCUGCAGCUGUCGCCGCGCAUCUCCAUGGUGCGCACGCUGCUGCUGUCGUCGGCGUCCACGUCCUCCGCCUCCGCGUCCGACUCCACCUCCACCUCCAACUCCUCCCGCGACUCCAACGGAAGCACCUCCUCGUCGUUCUCCGCCGACUGCGCCGCGCUCCUGCUCCCGGACUCCGCCGCAUCCUCGUCCCGCCCCAGCUCUGCCACCGAGGACGACCGACACCUUAACAUGCUGCCGACCUCCGCCUCGUUCGCCGGACUGCCGCCAGCCAAGCGCACGGGGAAGCAGUACCUCUCGUCCUUCGCCACCCGCUUCUCCUCCGUCUUCCACCGCGGCGGCGCACCCGCUGCGAAGAAGCCGUCCAGGUCGCUCGCCAAGGAGGUGAUCAAGAAGUACGCCAAGAAAGUGAAACCGCUGUACGAGAAACUGUCCCAGAUCCCCAAGAACCAUACCAACGGCAACAGCGGCAACAGCCAGCCACAGCCGCCGGCUCAGCAGCAGCAGGGGUUCAAGAAGCCGUUCACCUUCUCGAUCCGGAAGAAGCGGGGCGAUGACGACCACGCUGCCGCGGCGGCGGCGGUGGCGGCGGAGAUCGGCGGCAAGUACGCGCACUCCAACUCCUUCUCCGGGAACCUCCGGUUCCCGCAGCAGAAGCGGUGCGCGGCGAGCUGCCCGUCAUCGAUGCGUUCGUCACCGAGCCACUCGGGGCUGCUCACCUUCAGCGGGGCCGGCGGCGUCGGCUUCCCCGACGUGCCGGCCGCGGUGAGCUCCAUUGGCGUCGGGCCGGUGUCGCUGUCCACGGCGUCGUCGAUUGAGGAGCUCCAGAGCGCCAUCGAGGGCGCCAUCGCGCACUGCAAGAACACGAUGGGCGGCGCUUUGCUGGCGUCCCCGCGCAAGGCGGCGGCCACGGACGAGACCUGCGCGUUCUGAGCGCGAGCACACCAGGAUUCGAGCGGGGUGCUAAGCCUGUUUAAUCGGUGUCGGUGGUACUUAUCUGUUAAUUUUAAUUUUGCUCGUCUUCUUUCGGUAAGACUUUAUGAUGAUGGUGGUAAAUAAGGGUAGUUCGAAGGGUUAAAAUGAUAAUCGGUGCCUUUGAAUUUCUCCUUUUUCAGCGUAUGGAAUUUGCAUUGGUGCCCUCCAAAAUUUGCCACUAAUUUGCAUCUACUCCACCCAACAAAAGAAAUGUUCAAUUUUGCUGGGUCAAUCUGAAUCAAAAAGUCAUACAAGACCCUCAGAUUUGAUGCUUUCAAUGCAAACAUUUACACUACAAUUCUGAAAGGUUCAUAUGCAUGAAAACAAAUGCUAUGAAUGACUGCAUCUGAAGGAUCAUCAAUUUGGCUGUCACAUGCACAAUUCCAAGCUAAAAUUUGCCUCUUAGAAAUAUCAAAAACAGGUGGUGGAGUACUCUCACACUACAUGUUUUGAAAAGUGGAAUAUAAAUUGAACUUCCCAACUUGAUGCUGGAGGGUGUUGAUGCAAAUUUCAUUUCCUGGAAAGGGGUUGCCAAAACUCCUUAGUUAAUUAUUAGAUGGAGGUUUUGGACUCUUAUUUGGCCGUCUGAUGGAGCUACUGGUAUCAAUUUUUGUUGCGAUUUUGUCCCUAGACCAACUGUUUAUGAAGCUAAUCCUAAUAUAAUUUGGCUUUUAAUCUGUACUUCCAUGAUUGCUCUAAAAAGUCUUGUUGUCCA